CCUUUUCCUGUUUGCUCGAGCACACUCUCGCUGCCUUCAAUUGAUCUUCUGGAUUCAUUGGCUCGGGGGACUUACCACUCGGUUGUCUCUAUCACACACUUGUUCGCCUUUGCCAACCAAAAUUAGAACAACUUUUGCACGUGGUGAAAGAAAACAGUGUAGCCUGAUGAACACAGCCCUAUAACAGAGGAUCUCGCGCCGUCUCUAGUUAACCGGUGGAUUCUAGGAUCCGAGAGACCUGUCGUCGCUCAACCUUACCCUUUAGACCGUUCGCUUUUGGUCCCUGACAACUAUCGACUUCGUCCUUUGCAACGCCUCUCACCACGGUUUUCUUUAUUUGCCCCUUAAGCUCCUGAGGUCUUCGCUAGUUCCUCAUAUUUGUAUCGAUCAAAAUGGCGACGUCAAUGCACCUGUCAAAACUUCGGAAAUGGUUCCUUGCAUCUCCGCCCAUCGAGAUGGCUAUAUCGAAACUCCGAGAGCUGCUGAUUGGAGCAAUCAAGCAGGGGCCAGUUCCACAACAUAUCGCUUUCGUGAUGGAUGGAAACCGAAGGUUUGCAAGGACUCAUGGGAUUGAGACAGUCGAGGGACACAAUCUGGGAUUUGAGGCGCUGGCAAGGAUUCUUGAGGUCUGCUACAGAAGUGGAGUCAAAGUUGUCACAAUUUACGCAUUUAGUAUCGAGAAUUUCAAACGCUCCAAGUUCGAGGUGGAUGCUCUGAUGGAAAUGGCUAGGGUGAAGUUGUCGCAGAUGGCCCAGCAUGGAGAGAUACUUGAUCGAUAUGGCGCAAAGGUCCGGGUGUUGGGUCGGCUGGAUUUGCUCAGGCCUGACGUCCUCAAAGCGGUGAAUCGGGCGAUGGAGAUGACAAGUGCCAACGGCGACCGGGUCCUCAACAUCUGUUUCCCAUAUACAUCGCGCGACGAAAUCACCAGUGCUAUCCGUGACACCGUGGCAGAUUACAGCCAACCAUUAAGACCGCGCUCCUCAUCCCUACGAACGCCGUUUUCCGAGAGUCAUAUUGCGCUUAAUAUCCAAGCACGGAACCAAAAUACAAAGGCCGAGGAUACAAGUAGCGAUAUUGAAUCUACUUCCGAAUCCUCAUCCCAGGGAGAGGAAGGAGCUGCGAAACACGAUCGUCCAAAUAAGGUCUACGAGACUGGUUCUGCCUUCUCAUCAUCUACGACCCUUGAUCUCGCUGGCCACCAGGAUAGUAUGAGUGUGAAGAAAGCAACCCAGGGCGCUAGUGCCGAGUCGGAAACCCCAGCGUUCUUGUCACCAGAGACUAUCACGCGGCAAACCUUAUCAGACCAUCUACACACGAAGGACAACCCUCCCCUGGACUUGCUGGUCCGCACGUCUGGAGUGGAGCGUCUUAGCGACUUUAUGCUCUGGCAAUGUGAUGAGGACACGGAUAUUGUCUUUCUGGACGUCCUCUGGCCUGAAUUCGAUCUAUGGCACUUCCUGCCAGUUCUGCUAGGGUGGCAAAGAAGGGUUUCGAAGUCGAGGAAGAAUCCGGAUGCGGAAGGCGAUUUCGAUGGCGACGCUGCCGGAUCAUCUGAAAACGGUUUGAGCGACCAAGUCUUGAGCCCAAGUGCAAAGGUCAAGGGCUCGUGAAGCAGAACCAUUAUCCCCCCUGGCCUGGGGAGCCCGGGCCCAGCAAGCAUUGGAACAUACGGAGUUUGGAGUUCGCUCCUUUGGUACUGAUUGUUAGACGGAUAUCCAUGUCUCAAGUUUUUGUCAUUCAUUACCCACCGCUGCAUUUUCUUCUGGGGAAGCGCAUACAUACAUAAUGAAUAUAGAGCCAAUCCACAUCACUCUAAUGCGUUAAGCACGUCCUCUUAGUUAAUAUGAUAAUCCACACCUCCGAUACCGCCGACCCCAAGUGGACCCACGUGACUGAGUCAUCCCACAACUGCCGGCGGGGAAGACCAACAAGAUAACUGACUCUCUUUCUUUUCCUUCUCCGUCAUUUGACACAU